ACACCGAGUCAUGUCUAUCAAAUUUUGACAAACUUAGACAUUUUUUUAGAAGUAGUCAGUAUAAUAUUUGGUGAGAACGGCGGCAUGAACGCCACGCAUAGUGCUUAGCUAGCUAGCUGCUGUCCAGACGAGAAGACGAGAGAAGCUCUGUCAGAACAGUUCCAGAGCUCGAUCCUCCAGGGAGCCAUGGCGACCGUGGGAUGGCUGCUGCUGCUGAUCAUCGUCUUCUUCCUCCUCCUCCCUCCGGCGGCCCUGCUCCUCGUCGUCGCCGCCGGCCGCCGCGCCACCGCGAGCCGCGUGAGCGCGCACUUCGCGUGGCCGUCGUCGUCGGCGGCCAUGGACGCGCGGCGGCGGGGGCGGAAGCGGUACGCGAGCUGGAGCAAGGCGGCGCCGGAGCAGCGGGAGCAGGAGCUGCGCGUGAAGCUCUACAGGAGCUCUUCUUCGUCUUCUUCUUCUUCUUCUCCGGCGCCGGUGGAGGAGAAGGUGGAGUGCGUGGUGUGCCUGAGCGGCGUGGAGGAAGGCGACGAGACGCGGGAGCUGGCGUGCCGCCACGUGUUCCACCGCGCGUGCCUCGACGCGUGGCUGGCCCGCCCGCCCGCCACGUGCCCGCUCUGCCGCGCCAGGCUGUCGUCGGCGGCGACGCCGGAGUCGGACUCGGACUGGGAGGAGGAGGCGGACUCCGACCUGGUGCUGCUCAUGGCGUACGUGCAGGGAACCGGCGGCGGCAGAGGCAGCUGGUUCUGGUCGCCAUGAGCGGUCGCCACGUGUAACGCUCUCGUGACACGUCGGCCCGUGCUGCGUGUGCACGUGUCUUCCACCGGCGGCCGAUAUGGCUCUUUUGCUCUUUGUAGCUCCUUUUUUAUUUUCUUUUUCUUUUUUUUUCAAUAGAAGGGCAUCUUUGUUUUUGUUUAAUUGUGUUUGGCACAGCGGAGGAUGGUUGAAUAGAUGUGGCACGAUAUGGAAAAAAAAGAGCUUAUAGUCUGGACAUGGGCGUUGCGGCGUUGCCACGAAGUACUCCCAUGAUCCUGACGAGUGCCCACGUUUUCACCGCUGCUCCGACGUGUGUCCAGACUCCAGACUAAUCUCUCUCUCGAUCUUAACGGGCCGGCCUUUCUUCUCGGGCAGAUGGGGUUGCAUAUCAAUGGGCUUUGGGCCCAACUGACCCCAGUUGCGCAACUCUCCUCCACGUACCAUAAAUUCAAAAUGUACUGCGGGUCGGCUCUGUUUGUAACUGGCCAAUCUAAUCCAAA